AUGGCCACUUCUUGUGAAGAUGGUAACCAGUCAGAUCAGGAGGCUCGCCCUCUUGCAAAUUUCACACCUAGUUUGUGGAAGGAUCGUUUCAUCUCAUUCUCAAUGGAUUACGAGUUACUCAAAACUUACACCAAAGAAGUUGAAGAGUUGAAGAAAGAAGUGAAGCACAUGCUAGUAGUUCGAGGAGAUGAACCAGCAAAGAAGAUGGUUUUGAUCAACACAUUGGAACGCCUUGGGGUGUCUUACCUCUUUGAAACAGAGAUUGAAGAGCAACUGGAAUGGAUGUUUGCUAACUUUGAAGAUAGAAACUAUGACUUGUUCACCAUUGCACUUUUCUUCCGGGUAUUCAGACAACACGGCCACAAAAUAUGUUGUGAUGUGUUUGACAAAUUUAGAGAUGGUAACAGUCACUUCAAGGAAACCCUAAGUGAUGAUGUAACUGGUAUGCUAAGCCUGUAUGAAGCUACACAUUUGAAGAUCCAUGGACAAGAAGACAUCCUAGAUGAGGCUUUAGAUUUUGUAAAAGCUCACCUUGAGUCUGUGACACCCCACUUACCCCUAGUUCUUGCAGAAGAGGUGAUGCAUGCUCUCAAGCAGCCAUGUCACAGGGGUAUACCCAGAAUAGAGGCAAGGCACUACAUCUCUGUCUAUGAAAAGCAUGACUCCAGGGAUGAAAAGAUACUAAGACUUGCCAAGUUAGAUUUCAACAAGCUGCAGCUAUUGCACAGGGAAGAGCUAUGCCACAUAUCAAGGUGGUGGAAAGACUUGGAUUUGGUAUCAGAAGUUCCUUAUGCAAGGAACCGAAUAGUAGAGUGUUUUUUGUGGUCUUUUUCGGCCUAUUUCGAGCCACAAUACUCCCUUGCUAGGAUGAUAUUAGCAAAGAUUAUAGCCAUGGUGACGAUUACAGAUGAUACAUACGAUGCAUAUGGAACUCGUAAAGAGCUCAAAUUGUUUACAGCUGCGGUGCAAAGAUGGGAUGUGGCUGCCAUUGAUGGGCUCCCAGCCUACAUGAAGGCACUCUACAGAGUUGUGCUAAAGUUCUACGAUGAACUAGACAGAGAAAUAACCAAGCAAGGCAGAGCUCAUGUUGGUUGCUACGCAAAAGCAGCACAACUAGGGCUUUGUUCCGCCAUUGUUAACCAGUUCAAGCGUAUAGUGAGAGCUUACGACGUCGAAUCCGAGUGGCUGCAAGAAGGAUACGUACCGUCGUUUGAUGAGUAUUUGACGAAUGCGCUAGAAACCAGCAACUGUGUCCUUCAAACAUCAUCGUUCAUGGGCAUGGGAGAACUUGCCACGUCAGAGGCUUUCGAAUGGUUGCAGUGUAAACCUAAGAUGCUGAUGGCUUCUGCCCUAAUUGGUCGUCUCAGAAACGACAUAACAAGCCAUAAGGAUGAAGAGAAGAGGAAGCAUGUAGCCACAGGGCUCAAAUGCUACAUGGAGCAGCAUGGCGUCACAGAACAAGAGGCACUUGGGGAAUUGCAUCGCAGGAUUGAGAGUGAAUGGAAGCAUAUUAAUGAAGAAAUGCUGAGACCAAAUGCCAUUUCAAGGCAUCUGCUCAUGAGAAUUCUCAACCUUACUCGGUUUCUGGAUGUGGUUUACAAGUAUGAUGAUGGGUUUACUCAUCCUGAAACAGUCCUGGACCAUAUCAACUCAUUGUUCAUCAAUCCAAUAAAUUUUUGA